AUGCCACGUCAGUCUGAGUGUUGGUUCUCGGUUAUUUGUGUCUGUGACUCUCAGAAAGUGCCGCUGCCUCAGACUUUGUUGGACACCCGUCUCCUCCGUGUGUGUGCAGCAGUAUGCCUCUCGUCGUGUUGGUCACUGCGAUACUGUGCACGGCUGUGACUAGUGGCACCGAACUGACCUUUGAGUUACCUGAUAACGAGAAACAGUGUUUCUACGAGGACUUGGCAGAAGGAGUGAAGUUUGAUAUCGACUUUCAAGUUAUUGCUGGAGGCAACUAUGACGUUGACUGUUUUGUGACGGAUCCAACGAAUAAUGUUCUGUAUGAAGAACGGAAGAAGCAGUAUGACAGCUUCACUCAUACAACAACUCUAAAGGGUGUUUACAAAGUCUGCUUCAGCAACGAAUUCUCCACCUUCUCUCAUAAAACUGUAUAUUUAGACUUCAGAGCUGGAGAAGAGAUCCCAUUAUUGCCUGAUAUGAACAGAGCAACAGCGCUCACACAGAUGGAGUCAGCCUGUUUGUCCAUCCAUGAGAUUUUGAAGGUUGUGGCAGACUCUCAGACUUGGUAUCGUCUUCGAGAAGCUCAGGAUCGCAUUAGGGCAGAGGACCUAAAUGAGCGUGUGUCAUACUGGUCCAUUGGAGAGACGGUCAUUUUAUUUUUGGUCAGCAUUGGUCAAGUUCUCAUGCUCAAGAGCUUCUUCAGUGAGAAGAAAACCAAUGUAGCCACCAGCACAUAGACCCUUUUUAGUUGCCUUCCCACUAUUAUACCACAUUACAACCACUUGACUAAGUCUUUCCCCUUUUAAAUGGAAGCUGCUUCUGUUAGUUGCCAUUUUAUAUUAUAUUGUAUUGUAUUGUAUUAUUAUACUACCAAUGUUAGCAGCAAGCACACUUGUUGCUUUUUUUUUUUUUUUUUUUUUUUAAGGUGGUCACCAUUGGGCUUAAAAAUAAGUUUUCUGAUGUCAUGCAUUGUAAGCAAAGAGUACUUUUUUAGUUAUCGACAUUAUUUGUCAUGUCAUUUAACCUUCAUCCACAUUUUGCUGUGUUUCACAUAUUUGUCAUAUUGCUUAGGCAUGUUACAUAGUUAGAAAAGUGAAAUUAAGGUUCAGUUCUCAGGAUUUUUUUGGAUAUGGAAUAUCAAAUAUCUGUUACAAAUUGGGGAUUUAUUUAGGCUAAACUGUUUGUUAACAGGUUAGUGUAGUAUAAUUUAAUUAGAUAUGCCAAAUUCCAUUAAAGCACUAAAGCACUGCAUUAUAGAUAAUGUGACCCUACUCUGUUUUUUUGGGAUUAUUAGUGAGAAUUCAGUAAAAGGGGAACUUCAGGUAAAGUUGGAUGAAUAAGCUUCACUGCUCUGUUACUGGAUCUAAUUAAAUGGAAUUGUCAUGAAAAAUUA